AGACGGCACUUACUCUGCACACGAACGAUACUUCAAAUUGAAAUAUUUCUUCAUAGAUAAUGACAAGGGGAAAGGAAAAGACGGCGAAUUGCUGUUGACAGGGCAAAGUGGAGAGACAUAUCCAAAUGUUGUUGCUCCUGGAACCCAUGUGUACCCAUUCACCAUUCAGAUCCCUCAUCGGGACAUGCCAUCAUCCUUUCAGGGAGCUCAAGUUCUCUACUCACUGGAGGCGAAAUUGAGCAGGUCGAUGCGGUUAGGGAAGACCGCAUACACCAAUUUCACUUUUCUCUCAAAGACAGAUAAAAUAAUCCCUCCCUCGAUGGAACCUUGUUCUGGAUAUGUAAAGAAAAAUAUGAAGUUGUUCACAUCUGGAAGAGUCUCCCUGAGGGUUAACAUCGACAAGGCAGUGUACACAGAAGGUGAAACGUUAAAAAUCUUGGCAGAAAUUGAGAACAACUCUUCACGUGCGCUCACACCCAAGUUCACCCUGCAACAAAUGCAGAUCUUCAUAGCAGGUUUCUCAAAAAACACUGUAUCAAAAAGAAUUUUCAAAGAGGUCGGAGAGCACAUUCCUUCAUCCUCACAACAGAGCGUAACCAAAACCCUGGGGAUCCCGCUAGACCUGACGCCCACACUGUUUCACUGUGGCAUCAUCCAGGUCCAAUACACACUGCAGGUCUACCUGGAUGUCCCCUUUGCUAAAGACCCAACAGUGAUUAUCCCUUUGACGAUUCUCCCCAAGACUAUUGGAUUUGAGCAGAUGACACAGCCAAGCAUGAUGAUGGGGUUUGAACCUUAUGGGAACAAUGACCAAGCUGGAUGGAAUAGCUAUCCACCUCCAAGUGCCUCUGGAGGAUAUCCACCCCAAUCUGCCUUUGGAGGGUAUCCACCCCAAACUACCUUUGGAGGGUAUCCACCCCAGUCUGCCCCUUGAGCGUAUCUACUAUAGAGUUACGCUGGUGCACCUCUGACCCAAGCUGUGUGAAGACUAUCAAUUUCUCUUGCUUAUUUAAUAUUUGCAGAUGCUUCAACAUUAAUGGGAGUUUUUAUGGAACUUGAUAUGCACUAUUUUGCAUGUCGCUUUGGAUAAAAGUGUCUGCUAAAUGUGAUGUAAAGUAAGCACCUUUUCAAUGAAUUGAGCUGCGUAUUUUUACAUAUAAACAGUUUUACUGUGCUCUCGAAGAUGUAAAUCAAGCAUUUAAAAUUAUUUUAAACCAUGUUUUAUACUUUCAUUUACCAUAGGCACCAGGCCAUGGCCUCUUCAAUGU